AUGUCUGAGGACAAUCACACAGUUGUGAAGGAGUUCAUUCUUGUGGGAUUCACCGAGUCCCUGAUGCUCAAGAGAAUACUUUUUGUGCUAUUUCUCGGGAUCAAUCUCACCACAUUAUUGGGCAAUCUGGGGAUGAUGGGAUUAGUCAGAGUGGAACCCCAACUCCACAGCCCAUUGUACGUCUUCCUCAGUAACUUAUCCUUUGCGGAUGCCUGCUACUCCUUGACCAUCUCCCCCAAGAUGCUGGUGAAGUUCUUAGUGGAAAAGGAAACCAUUUCAUUCAGUGGAUUUGCUACCGAGCUCUGUUCCUUCAUCAUUUUCACCACAACAGGUAUCCUGCAACUGGCUGUCAUGGCUUAUGACCAUGACAUCGCCAUCUGCAACCCUCUGCUUAACCCAGUGAUGGUGUCGAGGAAGACAUGCUUCCUACCAGUGGCGGAUUCCUUUUUAGGAGGGAGUCUUUGUUCUCUGAUCCACACCAACUUUAUCUUCCAGCUAUCUUUCUGUCACUCCAACAUCAUCCACCAUUACGUCUGGAGUUUGGAAUUGGUAGUCUCACUUUUGACCAUCUUCUUCUCUUACUUGCUCAUCCUCGUAACCAUCCUGAGGAUCCACUCGGCCGAGGGCAGACACAAAGCCUUGUCCACCUGA